GGGCGCUGCACGCUCGUCGCCUUCUGCUGCCUGCAGCUGGUGGCUGCAUUGGAGCGGCAGAUCUUUGACUUCCUGGGCUAUCAGUGGGCUCCUAUCUUAGCCAACUUCCUGCACAUCAUGGCCGUCAUCCUGGGCAUCUUCGGCACCGUGCAGUACCGCUCCCGGUACCUCAUUCUGUAUGCAGCCUGGCUGGUGCUCUGGGUCGGCUGGAAUGCAUUUAUCAUCUGCUUCUACCUGGAGGUUGGACAGCUGUCCCAGGACCGGGACUUCAUCAUGACCUUCAACACGUCCCUGCACCGCUCCUGGUGGAUGGAGAAUGGGCCAGGCUGCCUGGUGACACCUGUCCUGAACUCCCGCCUGGCCCUGGAAGACCACCAUGUCAUCUCUGUCACCGGCUGCCUGCUUGACUAUCCCUACAUCGAAGCACUCAGCAGUGCUCUGCAGAUCUUUCUGGCUCUGUUCGGAUUCGUAUUCGCCUGCUACGUGAGCAAAGUGUUCCUGGAGGAGGAGGACAGCUUUGACUUCAUCGGUGGCUUUGACUCCUACGGAUACCAGGCGCCCCAGAAGACGUCGCAUUUACAACUGCAGCCUCUAUACACGUCGGGGUAGCUUCUGCGGUGCUCCAGCUAGGACGCCGCGUGCUUGCUGGCUGGACUGAAGCUGUGGCCGCCAGCUCAGGCCGAAAUGACAGGCGCGCCCCCUGGCGGCUAGCGGGCCGACUGCAGCCUGCUCUGGCUGGGUCCGCCAUGGACAUGGACUUGGCCCUUUGCAGCCCCACUCCAAGGGUGGGGCGGGCCGGGCGGGGGAGGGGAAUCGCGGGUUUGUAUUUUUUUUAUCUCAGCCUUGGUGUGCGCCUGGGCCUCCCUCCCUUCUCCAGACUCUUCCUUUCGAAGCUCCUUCACCCAACUUCUGGUCCCCUGUCCAGAGAGAAAUGGCAUUCACCCCAUCUUACCACACUCAUUCACCAGCCCUGGGGAGAGUUACUGUGACCUAAAAGCAGAAGUCCUGGGUUCCAAUUGCAGCUGUGUCACUGACUCUCUGUGUGACAUCUGGCAAGGCCCUUGGCCUCUCUGGGCCUCAGUUUCCCUCAAAUCAUUAAAACAAUCUCUUAGCAGAUGGAA